CCUGGGCGCCACUUCCGCUCGCCAUUUCGCGCCGCGCCUCUCUUCAGCGCCUGUGUGGCCGCCGCCAUGACGGACCGGUACACUAUCCACAGCCAGCUGGAGCACCUGCAGUCCAAGUACAUCGGGACAGGCCACGCCGACACCACCAAGUGGGAGUGGCUGGUAAACCAGCACAGGGACUCGUACUGCUCCUACAUGGGACACUUCGACCUGCUCAACUACUUCGCCAUCGCCGAGAACGAGAGCAAGGCGCGCGUCCGCUUCAACCUCAUGGAGAAGAUGCUGCAGCCCUGCGGGCCGCCCGCCGACAAACCCGACGAGUCUUAGCCCGCCCCCGGCCGCCUCCCGGCUCCAGCCCCUGGGCGCUGUGCCUUAGGGGCGGGUGGGCCGGAGCGAGCGGCGGCAUCGGGGCUCCGCUGAGCUCGCCUGCCCGCCUCUGAGACCGAGCCCUGCAACGCGAGGCUGCCGUUACGCGCGCGGGAAGGACCAAGGAGCCGCACCAGGGAGCAGAGGGAGCUCUGGCGACUGUGGCCCUCAGGCCUCGUGGUCCCUCUGCUCCAGUUGGUGUGGUCUCAGAGGACUCUGACGGGAGAGGCCUCGCAAAACGCCGGCUUCUGGACAGUUUCAGCUCUUACAUGUACUAUUGUUCGGAUCUUUUAAGAAUGGAAAAUAAUAAAUCUUACUGGGCAUUUCUAA